CUUUUUGUUUUUUCAAAUGUGCUGUGCAGCUGCAUUUUUGUCCCUUUGUGCCAGCCAGUGUUCAGAUUUUAGCCAGAAAAGCAACCCCACUCCUUUCCAUUUUGCUGUUUUCAGUCGUCUCACACCCUCUCUCUCAAGCCUCAGCAACAGAUCGAACAGGAGAAAGAGAAGUCUUGUACUCGGUGCUCGAGAGAGUUUGAGGCAAUGGAGAAAGCAUUAACAAAAGUGAAUAGCUUGAAAGUAGGAAGCUUAUGGAUCUCAAAGAAAGCAAAAGAAGAGUUCUCCAACAUUACUGAAGACAUCAAUGUAAGUGAUGCCUACUAUCUCAAAUACUGUUGAAGAGAAGGCAAGAUGGGUUUUCAACAAGUUGAAAGGAAAGCCACUAAAAAGUUUGCCAGAUCUCCUCCGAGAAUACAAUUUGCCACCGGGGCUUUUUCCCCAGAACAUAACUUGCUAUGAAUUCGAUGAAUCAAAGGCCAAACUGAUUGUGUACUUGUCUUCUGCAUGUGAGGUCAGCUUCAAGGACUCUUCUGUAAUUAGGUAUGCACCUCGAGUAAAGACAAUACUUACGAGGGGAAAGCUGACAGGUAUUGAGGGAAUGAAGACAAAAGUGCUAGUAUGGGUUAAGGUUACGAGUGUGGCAGUUGAGAGCUACAAGUCUGAUAAGGUGUGGUUUACAGCUGGUGUCAAGAAGUCUAGGCCUAAAAUUGCAUAUGAUGUACCACAGGCUGCUAUCAGGGUUGAGGAAUAUUGAACCAAGGAUGUGGAACGCCAUCAUCUUCAUCCAUGGUCAAUGCUCGUAUUUUUAGCUACAAGUCUGAUAAGGUGUGGUUUACAGCUGGUGUCAAGAAGUCUAGGCCUAAAAUAUAUGAUGUACCACAGGCUGCUAUCAGGGUUGAGGAAUUUUGAACCAAGGAUGUGGAACGCCAUCAUCUUCAUCCAUGGUCAAUGCUCGUAUUUUUAGUCAUUUUUUGGAAUUUAAGCAUAAUUCGUGCUCUGUAAUCAACAGAUGAAAAAUCUCUUGUUAUGGAUGUAAUAUUCGAAAUCCAAUUGCCUCUAUAAUGGAACUUGACUACGCGAUUGCAAUGA